AUGUUCGCUCGAUUAUGGAGGCCAACAUUUGCCUCCAAGCUGGCAACCCCUGCAUUUCGACGAGGACUGGCGACUGUCCAUGAAAACACGGAAAGAGCUAUGCCUAUGCCAGGCAGGGUGAAGACACAAGCAACCCCUGUGACUCACGAACGAGCUACUUUCACUAUCCGUAACGGCCCUAUAUUCCACGGCACAUCCUUUGGUGCUCGAAGCAAUGUUUCUGGCGAGGCUGUUUUCACCACUUCCCUUGUUGGCUACCCGGAAUCGAUGACUGAUCCUUCCUACCGAGGUCAGAUCUUGGUUUUUACACAGCCACUAAUCGGAAACUAUGGUGUGCCCUCAAACGUUCGAGACGAAUACGGGCUACUCAAGUAUUUCGAGAGCCCUCACAUUCAACCAGUUGGUGUCGUGGUUGCCGAUGUGGCAGAGAAAUAUUCGCAUUGGACUGCUGUCGAAAGUCUUGGAGAGUGGUGUGCACGGGAAGGAGUGCCUGCCAUCUCGGGUGUCGACACACGAGCCAUUGUGACCUACCUGCGAGAACAGGGUUCCAGCUUGGCCAGACUUGCAAUUGGUGAGGAAUACGACCAGGACGAAGACGAAGCCUAUGUUGAUCCAGAACAAAUCAAUCUUGUCCGUCGAGUUAGCACAAAGGCACCCUUCCACGUUUCUGCUCCCAGUCCUGUCGCCCACGUUGCGGUUAUUGAUUGCGGUGUAAAGGAGAACAUUCUUCGAAGUCUCGUGAGCAGGGGAGCAAGUGCCACUGUCUUCCCGCACGACUAUCCUAUCCACAAAGUCGCUCAUCACUUUGACGGUGUCUUCAUCUCAAAUGGCCCAGGUGACCCAACUCAUUGCCAGUCAACUGUGUACAACCUUCGAAAGGUCAUGGAGACCUCGCAACUGCCCGUCUUCGGCAUCUGUCUGGGACAUCAACUGAUCGCUCUGGCCGCCGGAGCUAAGACGAUCAAGCUCAAAUAUGGAAACCGAGCACACAACAUUCCAGCUUUAGAUCUGACUACUGGUCGUUGCCAUAUCACCUCUCAGAACCAUGGAUACGCUGUGGAUACCACGACCUUGCCAAGUGACUGGAAGCCCUAUUUCACGAACCUCAACGACAACUCAAACGAAGGUUUGAUCCACAAGUCUCGUCCAAUCUUUUCAACGCAGUUUCAUCCUGAAGCAAAAGGAGGUCCUCUCGACUCUGCAUACUUGUUUGACAUGUUCCUCGAGAACGUACAGAAGUACAAGGAUGGGCAAAGUGCUGUCUCGCCUGAGCGACAGAGUUUACCUAACCCUCUCCUGGUAGACUUGCUCUCCAAGGAGCGUGUGGGUGUUGAGAUGCCCGACGGUAUCAAGAGUAUGCUCGCACAACAGGGCGGCAAGCAGGAACUGCAAUAUGCCGCUGGUGCAGCCUAA